AUGGUCGAGUGCAUCCUCAUCUGGGCUGGUGGUGGGCGACACGUGGCGGGCUGGCACCACCAUCCGCCGCCCGCGUUUGCCCGCACGGCGCAGCUGCUCUGCGGCCGGUCCUUUGGCCGCACGUUCGUGUGCCCGACCAUCUCCCCCAAGAAGACGCUGGAGGGCUACGCUGGCGGUGCGCUGGUGACCUGCGCCUACGGCGCGGCCGUGCACGGCUGGCGCGCCCAGGACGCGCUGCUGGCCUUCACGGCUGGUUGCGCUGGAGACAUGUAUUUCUCGACGGUGAAGCGAAGGCUUGGGAUCAAG